AUGAACAGAGCACUGCAAUGCGAGUGCAAUUGCUUCUGCGCCAUAGCCAAGGGCUGUGCAAGAGCGCGAGUGGCGAAAGGCCGCGGCCGGGACGACGUGCGACCCGGAGGUCCGGCCAGCUCGGAGACGCUCCCGACCCUCACGCUGCGCCCCAUCGACCUGUUCGUCGUGCCGACGCCCAUCCUCACUCCCGACGCCGAGCCUUCGACACCUCCGCCUCGGCCUCUGCCCUCUCUCCCCCCUCCUCCCUCCCCCCCUCCCGCACCUCCUGCCCCUCGCCGCCCCCCCAGCCCUGCCCCCGGGACGACCUCCUCCGUGCUGCUGUCCCUCCUGCCGGCGACCACCACCGCCCGCCCCACGCGCCGCCUCAUCUUCUCCAUCAAAUUUCCUCCUCGCUUCCGCCCUUCACUUCCGCCUCGGACCUCCGCAACCUCGCCCCCCUUCCCCCCCUCCCGCGGGGGCCCCCCGAGGUUCCAUCUGGACGACCUUGACGACGGCGCUUCCGGCGAGGCGAGGCGACCUCAGUUCGUGACAAGGAACAGGACGACUACGCAAGUGUACCUCGGCACGACCGCCUCGCUGGACUGCGUCGUCAAGAACGUUAUCAAUGAAUCGGUGUCAUGGAUGAGACGUGUCGGGGACAUGUUGGAGCUGCUCACCUGGGACACGCACACCUACGCUAGUGAUGUCAGGUACUCCCUGGAGCGGCACGAGGGCAAUCGUUCCCAGAAGUGGAAGCUGGUGAUCCGCGACGUGCAGUUGGCGGACCAGGGCCAGUACCGCUGCCAGGUGUCCACUCAGAUCCCCAUGGUCAUCUCCGUCACCCUCAACGUCACAGAGCCCCGGGCCCGGGUAGUGGACGAGCGAGGCACCAAGGUGCACGAGAAGCACUACAACAGCGGCAGCAUGAUCGAGCUCAAGUGCGAGAUCGAGAGCGUGCCGUUCCCCCCGGCGGCGGUGUCGUGGCGACGCGACGCGACGCUGCUCUCCUUUCAACACCUCCCGCGGAGGCAUCAGCGUGAAGGGCGAUGCCGCCUCUGGCUACAUCAGGAGCCGCCUGUACGUGGCCGACGCCUCCCCGGCCGACUCCGGGCUGUACUCCUGCUGGUACGGGAACUACACCAGCGACACAGUCACCGUCCAUGUCAUAGCCGGUGAGAACUCGGCGGCGAUGCAGCACGAUUCUCUCCCGACCACGGCCGCCGCAGACACCACAAGCGGCGCCCCCUCGGCCUCCUCGCUCCUCCACCUGUACCUGCUGGCGGCGGCUUUCCUCUUCGCCUCUUGGGCCGCCCCGAGGUGCUCCCUGAGGCCGCCUCGCCCCCAGUCCUCGUGCGAUCCGUCGUCACCGCCUGCCUUGCGCGUCGUGGCAGGCACGAGGCGUUCUGCGACGCCCGUUCCCGCCGCCCGCCAAGCCCUUUGCGUGCAGAGAUGAUGGGAGCAGCUGCUCUCGCACUCCUUCGAACUCUAGAGUAUCCUCGAAAGCCGACCAGGUCAGGUCAGGUCACACCACCUCCAGGGUUUCCCGUUGAGACCAAAACGGCUGCAUGAUGUCGUUGCAUAUAUAACAAAUGAAUUGUCUGUUUUGUGUGACCUAUAAAGUAGCUUUAUUUCUGACGUACUGAUUACAAGUAUGUUUUGAUAUAUUUGUAAAACGUCUAAAUGGAAUCGUUGUGGUAUGCUGCAAGAGAGAGAGAGAGAGAGAGAGAGAGAGAGAGAGAGAGAGAGAGAGAGAGAGAGAGAGAGAGAGAGAGAGAGAUUGAUAAUAUAUUAGAUGUAAACCAUUUGAUUUUGUAUACGAUGGGUAUACAUGUCUACUUGAGCACACACACACACACAAUAACACACACACACACACACACACACACACACACAUACAUACUUUGCUUACAAAAAUGCAUAUACAUAGAUACAUAAAGCAUGUGCACAACUACAGUGUGAACGCAUUAGUGUUUGUAUAUAUGUAUUUUUUCAUGUCAAAUCUUUAGAAAUAUAUCUUUAAUGAAAUAUACAUACAAUGCAAUUUUUCUGAAAAUUCCUACUUUCAUAAAAGAUGCACUCUGUGUGUUUUGUCAAAUGCUAAAUCCAUAUUCUUGGCUAAGCACAUUUAGGAUCUCUGCAUGUUGAUGCCAUUGGUACUGAUUAUGUAUACAUAUAAUCAUGUGCUGUUUACAUGUGUCUAUAAAAAAGAUGACACGUCCACAGACGUGAAUUUUGUAAUCAACGUUUUUGAAGAAGAAAGAGACAAAUAUGUUUUUAAGCGUAAUCAACACAAAUGCCAAAUCUGUCAUAGGAACUCCUAUGAUAUCCAUCUCACACUUCCUUGCUGUUGAAAUAAAAACAUCAUAACACUCACUUCCUUUCACCUAUAUCAUUGCAUAUUAUACUUGUAUCUUCACUCAUAAUGGCUAUCAACUGUAUUGGAAUCGCCGCUGUGUCACCUCCCGCAUCAUCACCAUUAAUUGUGAUAUUAAAGCCAAUGGAGAGGAAUGAUUAUCGGUUUCUUUGUAGCCACUCCUGUAUUUCAUUAACUCGAAAUUAUCAUUCGAUUCGCAUUUCAUCCUCACAAAAUGUCAUGAUUUCGUCAUCCAUUGCGUAAUCUCGGCGAAAUUCAUUAGACCUGCGAUGAAGUUUAUAUAUACAUGAACUCUUGUUUGUGAACAUC